CUCCAGGUGAAGUGUAACGAGCAGCCCAACAGGGUAGAGAUCUAUGAGAAGACUGUGGAGGUGCUGGAACCAGAGGUCACCAAGCUCAUGAAGUUCAUGUACUUCCAGCGUAAGGCUAUCGAGCGUUUCUGCGGGGAGGUGAAGCGUCUGUGCCACGCUGAGCGGAGGAAAGACUUUGUCUCUGAAGCCUACCUCCUCACCCUGGGCAAGUUCAUCAACAUGUUCGCUGUGCUCGACGAACUCAAGAACAUGAAGUGCAGCGUCAAGAACGACCACUCUGCCUAUAAAAGGUACGGAGGGAAGACAGACACAAUAUGGAGGCUGCAGGUGGUGCCUCUGUUUGGAGACAUGCAGAUAGAACUAUCACGUUACAUAGAGACCAGCGCUCACUACGAGGAGAACAAGUCCAAGUGGACGUGUACCCAGAGCUCCAUCUCUCCCCAGUACAACCUGUGUGAGCAGAUGGUUCAGAUUCGAGACGACCACAUCCGGUUCAUCUCUGAGCUGGCUCGCUACAGUAACAGUGAGGURGUGACCGGGUCAGGCCUGGACAGUCAGAAAUCAGACGAGGAAUACAGGGAACUGUUUGACCUGGCACUCAGAGGGUUACAGCUGCUGUCCAAGUGGAGCACACACGUCAUGGAAGUGUACUCGUGGAAGUUGGUCCACCCGACAGAUAAGUUCUGUAACAAGGACUGUCCUGGCACAGCGGAGGAGUAUGAGAGAGCUACACGUUACAACUACACCUCAGAGGAGAAGUUUGCCCUGGUCGAGGUCAUCGCCAUGAUCAAGGGACUGCAGGUGUUGAUGGGUCGUAUGGAGGGCGUAUUCAACCAGGCCAUAAGGAACACCAUCUAUGCAGCCCUGCAGAGACUUUGCCACAGAUGACACCUCAGAGAGCCUCUACGUCAGGGCGUACGCAAGAAGAAGAACGUUCUCAUCAGUGUCCUGCAGGCAAUCCGUAAGACCAUCUGUGACUGGGAGGGGGUCGGGAGCCUCCCAAUGACCCCUGUUCUCAGGGGGGAGAAGGACCCCAAGGGAGGGUUCGACAUCAAGGUGCGCAGAGCUGUGGGACCCUCGAGCACACAGGUACACCAGGUCCGUACCAUGCUGGAGUCGUUGAUAGCCGAUAAGAGUGGUUCUAAGAAGACUCUACGCAGCAGUCUGGAUGGACCCAUAGUACUGGCUAUAGAAGACUUCCAACACUCCUUCUUCUUCACACAACUGCUCAACUUCAGCGAGGCGCUGCAGCACUGCUGUGACCUGUCUCAGCUGUGGUUCAGAGAGUUCUUCCUGGAGUUGACCAUGGGUCGCAGGAUCCAGUUCCCCAUCGAGAUGUCCAUGCCCUGGAUCCUCACAGACCACAUACUGGAGACCAAGGAGCCAUCCAUGAUGGAGUAUGUGUUGUACCCUCUGGACCUCUACAAUGACAGUGGCUACUACGCUCUGACCAAGUUCAAGAAACAGUUCCUCUACGAUGAGAUAGAGGCUGAGGUGAACCUGUGCUUCGAUCAGUUUGUCUACAAGCUGGCUGACCAGAUAUUUGCCUACUACAAAGCCAUGUCUGGAAGCGACGCCAUGUUCCGCGAGGCCAACCACAAUGUGUCUGCYCCCUACGGACGCAUCACGCUCCAUGUCUUCUGGGAACUCAACUUUGACUUCCUCCCCAACUACUGCUACAACGGCUCCACCAACCGCUUCGUGCGGACUGCCAUCCCCUUUACCCAGGAGCCUCAGCGAGACAAGCCGGCCAACGUGCAGCCGUACUACCUGUAUGGGUCUAAGCCUCUGAACAUUGCCUACUCCCACAUCUAUAGCUCCUACAGGAACUUCGUAGGCCCGCCCCACUUCAAAACCAUCUGCCGUCUCCUUGGUUACCAGGGCAUCGCCGUGGUGAUGGAGGAACUGCUCAAGAUAGUCAAGAGCCUGUUGCAGGGCACUAUCCUGCAGUAUGUGAAGACUCUGAUCGAGGUCAUGCCCAAGAUCUGUCGCCUGCCUCGCCACGAGUACGGAUCCCCAGGUAUCCUGGAGUUCUUCCACCACCAGCUGAAGGACAUUAUAGAGUACGCAGAGCUGAAGACAGAUGUCUUCCAGAGUCUCAGAGAGGUGGGGAACGCCAUCCUCUUCUGUCUGCUCAUCGAACAAGCUCUGUCCCAGGAGGAAGUGUGUGACCUGCUUCAUGCAGCCCCCUUCCAGAACAUCCUCCCCAGGGUCUACAUCAAAGAGGGGGAGCGUCUGGAAGUCAGGAUGAAGAGGCUGGAGGCUAAGUAUGCUCCUCUCCAUCUGGUGCCCCUCAUCGAGAGGCUGGGGACCCCUCAGCAAAUAGCUAUAGCCCGUGAGGGGGAUCUGUUGACCAAGGAGCGUCUUUGCUGUGGCCUGUCUAUGUUCGAGGUGAUCCUUACGAGGAUCCGUAGUUUCCUGCAGGACGCCGUGUGGCGAGGCCCGCCCCCCACAAAACGGCGUGAUGCACGUGGGACGUGUAUGGAGUUCCACCGCCUCUGGAGCGCCAUGCAGUUUGUUUACUGCAUACCUGUCGGCACUCACGAGUUCACCGCAGAGCAGUGUUUUGGUGACGGGCUGAACUGGGCAGGCUGUUCCAUCAUCGUGCUGUUGGGUCAGCAGCGCCGCUUCGACCUGUUUGACUUCUGCUACCACCUGCUCAAGGUGCAGAGGCAGGACGAGGAUGAGAUCAUCAAGAACGUGUGGCCGCUGAAGAAGAUGGCUGAUCGCAUCAGGAAGUACCAGAUCCUGAACAAUGAGAUCUUUGCCAUCCUUAACAAGUAYAUGAAGGCUGUGGAGACGGAUAGUUCCACCGUGGAGCAUGUCCGCUGCUUCCAGCCACCUAUACACCAGUCCCUGGCCACAACAUGCUGAGAAGAACACACACGCUACAUACACACACACACACAUGCUACACACACAAGCCACACAUGUCCCACGCACACACACAGUACAAAUACACACACACCAACCSAAAUCAUCACCACACACUCUGCCUUUCUUUGGCCUUGUACUCAGACUCUCAGAGCCUUAGGAUUCCAGAGUUCUGUAUGACUGUACACCAUUUUGGCAUCAAAUAUUCCAUACCAAUGACAUUCCAAUUUGCAUUCUAAAAUGCAGCUGUCUUGGAACUUUUGGUGGCAACAUGGCGUCCAUUAAAACGUCUAAAUCUCUGAACUCUGAAUAUGUUUGGCCCAAAACCACAGUCAAGUUUUAGAGUUGUGGGUGUUUUCAGAUGUUAGUUUUUCUGUUCUCAACCCAUGUGACUCUCACACCCAGCAUGCCUUCUCCUGUCCCGAGAGAUAUAUGUCACAUGGAUGGCCUCAGUAACACACAACUGCCAAUCCUGAGUGGUUACAGAUCUGCAGUACCACUCUGCUUCCCCUCUAGUCACAAUUAACAGUCUAUCAGAUAUCUCUGAGAAACCAUUUAGUGAGCAACAACAAUCAACCUUCAUAAAAGAUGAUAGAUAUGCUGGAAUAAACUCCAAAACCUCAACGCAUACMAAUAAUCAGAUUCUGAAAUGACCUAUAACCUGAGAUUAUUAUUUUGUAGAUUACAUAUGAAAGCAAACCUAAUGGCCAUUUAUUGAAUUGCUUAUUGAAGUCCACACGGGUGCUAAGUAUUAUGAUGAUACUUAAUAACACCAAUGUCAUCAGUGUAAUUUCCCCCCAUAUCAUCCAUGAUAUGAUCAUCGCACAAGUCAACGAAUGAAUUCAUGAAUCCCAGAAGCUAACACAGGAGUGCCCCAAAUGGCACCCUAUUCCCUAUAUAGUGCACUACUUUUGACCAGCGCCUACAGGGCUCUGGUCAAAGGUAAUGCACUAUAUAGAGAAUAGGGUUCCAUUUGGAUGCAGCCCACAUCUCCCUGGACAUACCCAAGCAUAGUAAACCAGUGUCAUAGGAGUAGUUAGCCUCACCUCACCUCUUCUUCCCUCACACAACCCUACUGUUUCAUAACAAGGACACUUGACUGCAUAACAAGGACACUUGACUGCUUUUCUGAGUUGCUUUUAUUUAUUUUUACCCAUAUUUUGGGGGGUUUUAGGCUCUGAGUAUAUUUUUAUUCUGUUCCAUUGUAAAUUUCACUGUUGAACUAAAAAGAGUAGUUUAGAGUGUUGUAAUUGUUAUUGUUUUUAAUUAAUUAUUGAUAAUAAAAUGUUUCAUCCUUGGUAUAACUAGCCUCUACUGAUGAGAAACCUCACCUACUGUCUUGUCAGUCUAUUGAAACGUUUUUAUAUUCUGUAUGUGCGCUUAAUAGUGUUAUUGUUUAUCAUUUUACAAAUUAUUGACAUCAUCUGCGCUAAUGUGUUUUAUUUUAGUUUUUUUCUGUAAUAAAACAUUAGAAAUACUUCUUGAUUGUAAAAUAAAAAAGAGGCCAGGAUGAUGUUACUGUAUUAGAUUUGUUCAGAGAGUGAAUGGGACCAAGCUAACUCCUGUAGAGUUCAUUCCCUCC